GCACGUUUAAAUCCUCAGACGCUGGCAGAGUCGCCUAUGUUACUACGUUGGGUACACGUUGAUAUUAGAAAAGGGUGACGCUUGGUAAUAUACAAUCAUUGUUGUGAGUCUCAAAUACAAAGCAGCAUUUUCAUAAAAUGGCUUCAACCACAAAUGCAGGCGCCUCGAUGAAAUGGGAAGUUGUGAAAAAAAGCAAAAAGCCGAACAGUUCAGCAAGACAACAAAAUGUCAAGACAUCUGCGGGAAGGAAAGCUCUGGCCGAGUCUAACAUGCCCAGGAUUGACCCAGCGCCUCCUUUAAAACCAUCGGAAACCAUCUACGAGAGCUUUGAGAGGAUGGGGAAGAAGAAUAAAGAACAGGUGCCCCCAGCACCCCCCCCGGAACAGCAGCCGAAGAAACCCAAUACAAGGAAAUGUGACAAGAAUUCCCAGGGAAACGGAGACAAAAACAGCCAAAAAACUGUGAAAUUCAAAUCGUUGGAGGAUGCCAUGAGAGCUCUUAAUCUGUCGGCACUUCAGCAGCAGCUAGAGAAGAGCCAGAGCCUCUUUCCUGAGAACCCAUCUGUUUGGGUGAAGGACUUGGCCAGUUACCUCAACUAUAAACUCCAAGCCCCGGAGAUCGACCCAACCGUCAGCAAGUACUCCUAUGAUUACCCUUACUGCUUGGCAAGCAAGGAAUUGAAGAGCAUGUGCAGGACUCUGCUGGUGAAGUCAGGUGACAGCCAGCAGCACUUAUUUGAUCACUGUAUCUACACCAUGCUGCGUGAGCUGGACAAGCAACCAGGUGAAGCUCUGCAUGGCUACAGGUUUUGCAUUCAAGCCAUAAUGCUGGAAAAUCCCAAAUUAGCAACCCAGAAUCUCGCCAGUCAUUUGGAGCUGUUGAGGUCUCACCAGAACAAACCAGUCAAAUGUCUCACCAUCAUGUGGGCCUUGGGGCAGGCAGGCUUAACAGAUUUGACUGAGGGACUAAAAGUGUGGUUUGGCAUAAUGCUGCCAGUCCUGGGUACAAAGCCACUGUCCUUGUAUGCUAUUGGCUACUUAGAAAGACUGCUAAUGAUGCAUGCUAAUUUAACCAAAGGCUUUGGAAUUAUGGGACCAAAGGACUUUUUCCCUUUGCUGGACUUCACCUUUAUGCCCAAAAACGCUCUGUCACCCAGUCUGCAGGAGCAGCUGAGACUGUUGUACCCAAGAUUGAAGGUGCUGGCUUUUGGAGCUAAGCCUGAAUCUACCUUGCACACAUACUUCCCAUCCUUCCUAUCCAGAGCAACCCACAACUGCCCUGAUGACAUGAGGAAAGAGCUCCUUAACAGUUUGACUGAGUGUUUGACUCUGGAUCCUCAAAGUUUUAGUGUUUGGAGGCAGUUGUACACCAAACACCUUUCACAAUCAAGUCUUCUACUGAAACAUCUUUUGGACACCUGGAAUUGCCAGUCAGGAAAGGUUCGCAAAUCUCUGCCAGAAACGGUUCAGUCUUUCAAAGUUACUAAUGAUGAAAUGAGUACGUCUGCUGCCAGUUCACAGGGGGUUAAAGCCUGCAAUGACGUCUGCAAUCAACUCCAGAUAAAGAUGAAAGGACGGGUCUUCCCGUGGUCUCGCCUGGUGUUGGUAGCGUUGGUGUUUGCUGUUGGGUUUGUGAUGCAGGACAUCAGAGCAAAUGGGUCUUUUAAAGCCUCCUCUGUUGCACAUGUCCUUCAGCAGUCUGGAAUGAUAUCUGCCUCACAACAAGCUUGGAAUAAAAUGUCUUUGUAUUCUUACAAAGGUUACAGUUGGAUGGAAACUAAUGCACCAUAUUACUACUCUGAGAUGGUAAAUACAAUGGGACCUAUUUUAGAAAUGGCUUUGGAAAAGACAACCCUGGCAGUGGGAUACAUUGCAGAAGUGUGUUCAAAACAGAUUACUUUGGUCAAAGACAAUGCACCCAGGCUUAUUGAAUGGCUCAACUCCAAUAUCCCAGAUGGCGUGGUCCAGUUUAUUGAAUAUCUGAAGGAAUUGCUGCUAUUUGUUCAUCAGAAUUAUCUACAGCCAGCUACGGUGUAUGCCAAAACCUCUUUGGAAGAAGGAUGGCAGCAGUUUGUAAAGUCUUGCAAAGGUGAAGUAUCUUGGCCCUGUGUGCAGGAUCACUUGGUAUACAUAUCUAUGUCCACCUGGACUUCCCUUCAAAACACAAGCAUUGCUGUUAAAAACUGGGCAUUUUCAAUGCUCUCCAGGCUGUAAGACUUGUUUCACGCUAGGACUGAAUCUGUUCUGUUCUCGUGAUCAAGGACAAUACCACCAGUGCUUUUUGAUGACUCAGAAGAAGGGUUUUGUAAAAGAUGAAGCUGCCGCUUACGAAAUAUAGAUUUAAAGAUUUUUUUUGUCAGGCUGCAUGAAAUUUUGUAUCGGACUCCUUUUCUACUCUUUUGAUGUCCCAUUUUGUUUUUUUUCAGGUUUAUAAAUGUUUCAAACAGUGUUAAGUAUAAGAUAACUUGCCAAAUGGAAAUAAGGUUUAAGAAACUGAGCCCCCCCCCCAUACUGUUCACAAAGAUUAUGGUUAAUUUGAAGCUUUGAGGUAGUGAAUACAUACCCAUGUGUGGCAAGGUAUAAGAGUUGUCCCUGCCAGCCAAUAGUGACACAUUCAUUUUACACACAUUUGUGUAAAAUGUGAAAUCGGGUGGCACUGAUUAGUUAAUGUGUGCCUUAACAUUCUACCUUGACCUUGCAAAGUGACCAGAGCGUUUUCCAUGUUUCUGGCUGUGAUCUGUAACAGUGACGUCACCUCUGCCUACAUCUCGCAACUACUCGUGUACUGCGUAAGAUAACAUUUCAGUGUGAGAACUGUGAGCCCAUUGAGUAGAUUGAGAAACAUGCACAAUGUACACUGUCGGUUGUUUUUGCUGCAUUUUGAAUCUCUACUUCCCUGCUAAUGUUGGGCUGUCCUAUUGUCUUUUGGGGUGUUUUAUUAUAGAAAUGCUGCUUUUAAAGUAUAACCAGUUCAUUACAAAAUGAGCUGAAAUACUGUGAAGCCUGACCAAACUCCUACAAUAGUAUUUGUGUUAGUUUAUGUGUAAGACUUGUCUGAGGAGUUUAGUCCUAUAUAGUAAUCCUUCUCCAAUAUUAGAUGACUGUAAGAAAGGAACCUGAAUGGUUGCAGCCAAACAUCUUGAUUUUUUUUUUUUCUGGAAAAAUAAAGUAUUUGAAUGAG